CGUGGGACUUUUAUAUCUUCAACAAUGGCUUCUUCAUUGGUUAGGAAAAGCCAUCCCAAAAUAAAUCAUGCUGAGACUGAGGAUGAAAUUACAAAGGAAGAGGAAGAAGAAAGCUUCUGCUAUGCCAUACAGUUGGUGAGUUCUUAUGCGCUGUCCAUAUCUCUGCAAUCAGCAAUUGAGCUUGGCGUUUUUGAGAUCAUAACCAGAGAGGGUCCAGGCGCCAAGCUCUCUUCAUCUGAGAUCGCAGCCAAGAUUGGCACCAAGAAUUCUGAGGCACCCAUGAUGAUGGAUAGGAUCCUCAGGCUCCUCGCCAGCCACUCUGUUCUCCAUUGCUCUCUUGUUGCUGCUAAUGAGGAUGAAAAUGGUGCGUCUGAUUUUUAGAGGGUCUAUAGCCUUGGCCCCGUA